AAAGUUCAUGGGUAAAUUGGCAUUUUCUUUUGAAGCCAAAAAUAAAACUGACUGGUUAUGCAAUAGUACUGGUCUCUACUCCGAUGUCUAACUGAGAAUAAUAGCUUUGCUUGUAUUGUUUUAUUGACUGAAAGUGAAAAUAUAUAGAAUCGGAUGCUGAUCUACUGAAUUGGGAACAGAACCCAAUAUGAGGAAACGAGAUUUGGCUAUUCUCAUGCUCUCUGCUUUCGCUAUCUUCUUCUCUCUUCAGCAUGAGGGUGAUUUCUCAUUUAGAGAGGCAUGGUUUCAUUUAUCCGAUGAAUACCCAAUUAAAUACGAAGCUGAUCGUCUCCCGCCGCCAAUUGUCGCUGAUCUAAACGGCGACGGAAAGAAAGAAGUGCUGGUCGCAACUCACGAUGCUAAAAUACAGGUAUUGGAGCCUCAUUCUAGGAGAGUAGAUGAAGGAUUUAGUGAAGCUAGAGUGCUUGCUGAGGUGUCACUAUUGCCUGAUAAAAUUCGUGUUGCAUCUGGUAGAAGGGCUGUGGCAAUGGCUGCUGGUGUUAUUGAUAGAACUUAUAAGCAGGGCCAGCCACUAAAGCAGGUUCUGGUGGUGAUUACUUCUGGUUGGUCAGUAAUGUGCUUCGAUCAUAAUCUUAAAAAGCUAUGGGAAGCAAAUCUGCAGGAGGAUUUUCCACAUAAUGCUCACCAUAGGGAAAUUGCAAUCUCGAUAAGUAAUUACACAUUAAGGCACGGGGAUACCGGAUUGGUUCUUGUUGGUGGGAGAAUGGAAAUGCAGCCACAUGUAUACUUAGAAUUAGAUCCAUUUGAAGAAAUUGGGACAGCUGAGAAAAAUGCCGAAUUUCAUAGAAGAAGUGCUAGUGAGAAGGAGGCCACAGAGAACUCUGGAACUGUGGAUUUACGGCAUUUUGCCUUUUAUGCAUUUGCUGGUCGGACUGGUGCACUUAGAUGGAGCAGAAAGAAUGAGAAUAUUGAAGCACAACCUUCAGAUGCAUCCCAGCUAAUUCCACAACACAACUACAAGCUUGAUGUGCAUGCUCUGAAUAGCCGCCAUCCUGGAGAGUUUGAAUGCAGGGAAUUUAGGGAAUCAAUCCUAGGAGUUAUGCCACAUCACUGGGAUAGGAGAGAAGAUACUCAGUUGAAGUUGUCACACUUCAGGCGUCACAAAAGGAAAACUUUGAAAAAAGUUCCUGGAAAGACUAUAAAUUAUCCUUUCCACAAGCCUGAGGAAAAUCAUCCUCCUGGGAAGGACUCAACGAAAAAAAUUUCAAAGAUCAUUGGAAAAGCUGCAAAUUAUGCUGGUUCAGCAAAAUCUAAGAAGCCAUUUCCUUAUAUUCCAACCAUAACUAACUACACUCAGCUUUGGUGGGUUCCUAAUGUUGUUGUGGCUCAUCAAAAAGAAGGAAUAGAAGCUGUUCAUUUGGCCACUGGUCGCACCCUCUGCAAGCUUCAUCUCCUAGAAGGUGGCCUUCAUGCAGACAUUAAUGGGGACGGAGUCCUAGAUCAUGUCCAGGCUGUUGGGGGAAAUGGAGCUGAGCAGACUGUUGUUAGUGGAUCCAUGGAAGUGCUUCGGCCCUGUUGGGCUGUUGCAACCUCUGGUGUACCAGUGCGAGAGCAACUCUUCAAUGCUUCCAUAUGUCAUCAUUCCCCAUUUAACUUGUUCCAACAUGGAGAGUUCUCCAGAAACUUUGGCCGAACUUCUGAUGCAUCUUCGUUAGAGGUAGCAUCACCUAUUCUCAUCCCAAGAAGUGAUGGCCAUAAGCAUCGCAAGGGGAGUCAUGGUGAUGUUAUCUUCUUGACAAAUCGCGGGGAGGUGACAUCAUACUCUCCUGGAUUGCAUGGCCAUGACGCCAUCUGGCAAUGGCAGCUCUUGACAGAUGCUACAUGGUCAAAUCUUCCAUCGCCAUCAGGAAUGAUGGAAGGUGGCAUGGUGGUCCCAACACUCAAGGCGUUCUCUUUGCGUAUGCAUGACAAUCAACAAAUGAUUCUUGCAGCAGGAGAUCAAGAGGCUGUAGUGAUAUCUCCCGGAGGAAGCAUACAAACGACAAUUGAUCUUCCUGCACCACCCACCCAUGCCCUUAUUUGCGAGGAUUUCUCAAGUGAUGGGCUUACUGACCUUAUUGUUGUAACAUCUAAUGGGGUGUAUGGCUUUGUACAGACAAGGACACCUGGCGCCCUCUUCUUCAGCACACUGGUCGGUUGCCUUCUGAUUGUGAUGGGAGUCAUCUUUGUUACCCAACACUUAAACUCUAUCAAAGGAAAACCACGAGCAUCUGGUUCUCGGUAAGACCACCAGUGUAUACUUGAUGUUUCUCAGAGAUUAGCAUUAUCAUCAUCGAAGAAAAGAUUGCGGCAAACAAGGAUCUGUUAUGGGGGAAAAACUUCUAAUCUGCAGAAUAGCCAUCAGAGUGUUGAAGACCAUGCAUACAAAAGAUUUUUAUUACUUUGGCCGACUCACCAUCCCCCUGUAAAAUUCAUUUCAUAGGACUAACCUGUGGAGCACUCUGGCGGAGUUAGAUACUGUAUUUUAUAAAUGUUUUAUUAGAUUAUAAUGGAAAGAUUUUGUACAUUGCUUCCUGCUCAA